AUGGCCACUUCAACACUGGAUCCUUCCUUAACAGCCAUCGUCAAGACGUUGGACUGGGAAAAGGUCCCUGAUAAACUGCAUUGUGCAUCCUGCCACCAAUUCAACCUCAACGCUUACAAGUCCACCUGCUGUGAUGGCUACAUCUGCGAGUCUUGUUUCAACAAGGCUCUCGAUGUCAGCUGUCCUGUCUGUGACCACAAACCCUUCACGUCCGAUGUCUGCAAACCGAACAAAGCCAUGCGCAACACCAUAAAAGCCUACUUGAAGACGGUAGAGAAGACCAGGGUGGAUGAACGCGCAAAAUCAGCCACCACAGAAGAGACACCUAUUCCACACAACACAGUGGAUGAGAAUGGAAACAGAGAUGGCCAGGAAGAGGUCUCUCCUGCGACGGCAACAGCGACAGGUGACCAGCCCCAAUUGGUCGAGACUACGGAGACCGAUGGCACACCUGCUGUUGACGUUCAGCCUUCGAUCGAGGACCCGGACCCUGAUUCGGCGGACCUUGACGACGACGUUGACAUUCAGGUUGACAUCGAGGAUGACCACCGAGAGAUAUCCACCCAACGCGUGACGAAUGUGGAAGAAACACCGCGAGAUCAGCCUGUGUCUGUCUCCGAACAGGGAGCAGACUCCCAAGAUCCAUCCAACAACCCAGAAGGUAUGAGCGGGAUGGAUUUUCAAAACAUGAUGACCGGCUUCAGCAAUAUGGACUACAAUCAAAUGAUGCAAAUGAUGGCGGCGAAUGGUAUGGCUGGGUUCAAUCCGAUGAUGGGAAUGCCUAUGGGUAUGAAUCCGAUGUCGGCUGGCAUGUUUGGCGGAUUUGGCGGUCCCAAUGGAGGCAUGAAUGGCAUGAACAUGGGCAUGAAUUUUACUCCCAACCAGGGGAUGUUUUCUGGCUGGAAUAAUGGCCAACCCAACAACAAUAUGUGGCAGAAUAAUAAUGCAAAUGCAUUCUCGAAUGGCAUGGGUGGUGACUUUGGCUCCAACUAUGGUUUCAAUAUGGCCCCCAAUGGCAACUUCCAACCAUCAUAUCCCAAUGGUGAUUUUCAAAGUGGCUACUACGGCCGAGGCCCUGGUCGAGGUCGUGGACGUGGCCGCGGCGGCUAUGGUAGAGGCCGUGGUAACUUUCAUCAGUUCUCGCAAUACCAUCAACAGGGACACCCGAAUGGAUUUGAUCAGAGACAGUACGAUAGCCAAACAUCGCAGUCGCAGAAUCCGGAGAGUCGCUCCUACGAUGCAGCGGCCGCCUCCAGACCGAAGAAUGACUUGGCGGAGACCAACCAUGAAGACGACGAAUUCGCCCCCGGCGGUCAAGAAGAGGUAUUAGAAGCGCUCGGAGAUGAUUAUCAGAAAUCCUCUGCCGGCGACGAGAAGCCCUCUGUGGACAGUGCCGCGGCGCCACAAAAUGAAGGUGCAGAAGGCAAGGAGCCAGAAAAGACGGAUCAAGAUCCACCUGAGAUGCAGACCAAAGGUGUUGCGGCUCAAGAUGAAGUUGCUGGUGUUCACUCCACCGGCCCGAUCCGUGAUGUGCAAGGUGCUGACCAAGACAAACCAAUACCAGAAGCAUACAGCGAAGACCUUCAUGUACCGAUGCCACCGCCGUCGGCGCCACUGGGCCCUUCAGCUCAAUACGGUGAACACGUGAAAGACUACGGGUUCCGCUCUCGGGGACAACAUGGUAGGUUCCCAUCCCGCGGCCAAGGUGCCACGGCGAUCUCGAAUGGACACCCUGCUUCACCCGUAAGACCGGCCGUGCAAGCACCCUCGGAGCCCAAAGGCGUGGGAGUCCUAGGUGCGCCAACGGGUCCUAGAGCGAUGCGCGAGCCAGUUGUGCCCGCCAGACCAGUUUCUCAACCAGCUAGUACCGGGUUUCAAAUCAUGGGUAGGGCGUCGAGGCCAUCUCAGAGGUCAGAAUCUCGAGAAAUUGAACGGACGCACAGCCGAACGCCGACGCAUGACUACGAGGGGUCAAGAGAUCGGGAUGUUUCGAGAAGACCGUCCAGACAGGACAGACAUGACCGUGGACGAGGGGAAGUUGACAAGGCAGACGAGGCCAUUCAUCGGGAUAAAGACAAGCAAUAUCGCACGUCCACCAAACAGCAAGACUCUCGGGAUGACUAUGACAGAGAAGAUCGAGAAGGUUCACAUUCACGGUCAGCAUCGGCCGAUAGAAGACCAUCGCGUCGAAGUCGAGGCGACAAAGAGAAGCUCUUGUCUUCAUGGGCGAAACAGGAAGCCGGCCAGUCUCGGCGCUAUCGCGAAGAAGAACCCGCCAACGGAGAUGGAGACCAUCAGAUGGAAGACUAUGACGAUUCGAUCCGGUCUAAUAGGGACGGACAAGAUGGUGAAAGCAAGAGCAAACACCAUCGAAGCGGCAAGUCGUCGAGAUAUGAUGAUCGAGAUCGUGACCGUGACCGAGAGCGAGACCGACGCCGCGAAAAGGACAGAGAGAGAGACAAAGACAGAUACCGAGACAAAGAUCGCGACUCCGACCGUGUUCGAGACGAGAGAUAUCGAGACCGCGACCGCAAACGGUCCCGUCACGACCGGCACCGCGAAGACGACAAACAUCACGACUAUGACUACGACUACGAGCAUGGCCAUGGUCAUGGCCACAACCAGGACCAUGAAGCAGACGACCCCGACUCAAGGCACCGGUCACGCCGACACAAGCGCGACCACCGCCGCGCCGAAGACCAAGCAUCCGCGGCUGUCUCUAUGUCUGUGUCUAGUGCUACUUUGAACGGCCGCUCCCACAACACCCACCACCGUUCCAGUACAGCAACGGCUGGUAGUAUGGCUCCUUCGGCUGCCGCAGAAGCGGAGAAGGAUCCGCACACUCUGGAACGCGAGGCGCGCAACCGCGAGAGAAUGCUCAAGGAGCAACAGCGGCGUGAGAAGGCCGCGAAAGCCAAUGUCUCUGCUUCUGCUUCUGCUUCUGGUCCUGGUUCUGGUGGGGCGGGAGGGACUGCAAGCAGCAGGCGCAUCAUGUAUAAAUACGAAGAUGAGCUCGAGCGGGGCUUGGCCGAGGGAGAGAGAGCCGGUUCGAGAUGGAGAUAG